UCUGCACCGGUCUCCCACCCACACCCAUCCCUGUCCGCCGCUCCGGCCGUCUCCACUCCACCACCACUCCACCCUCCAUGGCCGCCUCCCCCUCCACCCCCUCCCCCGGCGCCGCCUUCGCCGUCGGGUCCUUCCCAGGAGGUAUCUCCGAGGAAAGCGUGUUCCCCAGACCUCCUCCGCCAACGCCUAAAGGCCACAUGCCGCUUCCCUCCACCGCCGACGCCACCCUCACCGCUUUGUUCGACCGCAUGGUCCUCUCCCCGCCGGUUCCAAUCCUACGCUUAGGCACUCCCUCUCGCCUCAAAAUCCGUUCGCCGGUGACUCCGUUGGUCUCGCUCGACUCCCCUGACUUGGCCUCCCUUCGCGCCGCCGGCGACGUGGGCUACUUCCACCUCGUCGGCCAUGGCAUCCCUUCCCAGCUUCCAUCCUCUGCCCUCGCUGAGCUGUCUCGCGUCGACGCGUCUGCGCUGCGCGCGUCCAUCCUUCGCACGCUCGGGUUCUCCGUGGAGGACGAGGAAGUGGACGCCGACGAUGAACCCGUUAUGGUGUUCGACGUCGACGGGCAGGGGAUGGACGCGCUCCCGGCGGCGCUGGAGUACGCGCGGCUGAUGAGAGAGGUGGGUAUGCAGGUGGUGGGGCUUUUUUCUGGGUCUGGUGAGGUGGGUUUCGGGGAGAAGCCGUUCCCGGAGGGGGGGAGGAAGGCGAGGUGCCUGGUGUGGGUCUCCAAGGUUGGCUCAGGCGAGUCGGCGAUGCCUCCGGCCGCCGGCGACGCAAAGGCGUAUCCGUACGUCGUGGGACUCCAUUGCCAGUGGGAGCAGGAGGCCGGUGCAUCGACCUGGGUGAUGGACGACAGCGGCGAGUGGAGGGCCGUUGGCAAGAGCGAUGGUGCACUCCUGGUCACCAUCGGCGACAUUGCUCAGGUGUGGAGCAAUGGCAAGCUGAAGAAAGUGAGAGGGGUGGCUCGCCCCACUCCUGCUCCCACCGGCAACGGGGAGGCCGGGGAGCCAGCCCGUCUGUCCAUCACCGUGCUGAUCACACUGCCCCUGGACAGCGUCGUCUCGCCGCUGCUGCCGCUCUCUGCCGGUGAAGACGGCGGUCACCAGCUGGAGGAGGAGGAGAAGGGGGUGGUCUCUGAAGAUGGUGAAGAGGAUGGAUGCAGCUUUCGCUCGUUUUCCCUGGAGAGCUACGCGUGGGGGCUGUACCAUGAUCGGCUUCAGUUCAAGGAUCCGCUUGCCCGGUACCGGAUUGAUUAAGCUCGUUCGUGGUUGCUCCCUAGCGUUGGAUUUUUGUUAGACAUGCAUGUUCGAUUCGUUAUAGCUGGACCACAUAUGGCAUGUGGUUUUUCUUUAGUGACUUUGUUUGCUGGUGCAUGCUGGCGUCGGCUUAUAUCUCUAGAACUUGAGUUGGUCAGAACGACUUUGGGCAAACCGUUUAUUAUAUUAUCAUUAUCAAAUCAAAUAUAGUUACUUUUUA